GUUGACAGUUUCCUGUCUGAAGGGAUAAAUAGUACGAGAUUAUCGUCCUACAUGAAGAAUUUGUCGUUUGAUAUUUGUAUACAAGAAAAUAAUUCGUCCUGUGUGGUGUUUUUUAUUAUCUGUUGCUGUUGGUCUAAAGAUCAUGGUUCAUCGGAUUACCGAGCCUCCUCAUUAUUUAAUGGAUAAGAAGGAACAAUGUUAUCUGCAUGGCGUAAUAUAUGAUCACGGUGAAAAAGUAUCACCAAAGCAGUGUGUUGAGUGUGAUUGCUACGACGGCAGCUUCACGUGUCAAAGAUUUAAUACGGAAACAAGAUGUCCAUCAUUGUCAUGCCCGAUAAACGAACAGAUCAGUGUAGCUGAAGAAUGUUGUAAAUUCUGUUCAGGUGCCUAAAAAGAGAUAUUUCCUCCUUUCAUGAUGGAUAAUUUUCAAGUUUUUUAAAAAUAAUUCUAAGAAAAAAAAAAGUUGAUAAAAAAUCAUAUGAGAUGAAAAGCAAUAGACAAUAAAUUAUAACCUUAAUAAUCUGGAAAUUGAUGCUAAAGACGCAAAAAAAGAAGAAUUUAAUGUAUACAAUAUAUACAAUUAAACUCUUUUAAUAGAUUUUUAAAAAUUGAGUACUACAACUAUUUCUUGCAUAUUGCACAUAAUUAUUGUACAAUGCGUUUUAUUUAAUACCCAGGUUGUCCUU